AUGGAGGUACCUUUGAAUACUCCCACACAGGAUUGCCACGCACACGCUAUGUCAUGCGAACUGGCCAGCGAAGUUGAGCUAACUUCCCUUUUUAAUAAAUUAUCCGAUGGAUCCAAAAAUGUAAAUAUAGAGAAUGCCCUGCAGAUCGUGUACAAGUUGGGUUAUGUCCCUUCAAAGGAAGACAUAGACGAAUUUAUGCACACCACCAACGGGAUAUGUUCCUUAUCAAAUAUAAAAAAGUUCUGCAAAAAAUUGAAGUUGUUUAGUGUCUCCACAGACGGAUUAGUGGACGUCUUUAGCCAUUACGAUGUUCAUUUACAAUUUCAGCACACGUGUGGUCACAACAUAUGGUGUUUCUACUUUUCAUUUAUCGUAAAAAAAAAGAGAACAGGAAAAAUUUCCAAGGAUCAGUUUAAGUCACUCUUCACCACUGUUGGGUCAAGAAUGUCGAAUGCAGAGAUGGAUGCAAUUAUCAGGGAGCUUUGCAACAAGGCAGACCAAAUUGAUUACAAGGAGUUCCUGAGCAAGUAA